CUGAGAAGAGACAUUAAAGAAUAAUGAAGUUAAUUCCUGUUUUGUAUGUCAGAGCAUGAAGCAGGAUUAGAGAGAGAAUUCCAGUUGGAAAAGGGUCUUCUUGAGGGUUAUAAAAGGGACCCAUCAGACUUUGAGUGGAGUUUCUGGACUGAAUGGGCUAAGAAGUCUUUGCUGUGGACCCUGACUGGUCAUGGCAUCAUAUCGAGACUGACCAGCAUCUUUUAUCCCAAGCUCAGGGUGCCAGUACUCACGAUCUAUGGCCUCUUAGCAGCCAGCAGCGUGUUGGGGGUUAAAGGUGUGAGUGUGUUGCUGGUACAUCUGGGCCUGUCCUUUUCAGUGGCCCAGCUGAGAAAAACCACUUUAUCAUGGGCAUGUAACCUGCUGCUGCUCUCCACACUUCACAUCCAGCCACUUCAAGAGAUCCAGAGAAGCUGGUAUGAGACAGAGGAGGAGUACUAUCUGCUGCUCUUCAGUGUUGCUGUCUGCGGUCUGCGCUUUAUCAGCUUCAGCCUGGAGCACUGCUGGUGCCCUCCAGACCGUGGUGGAGUUGUGCCGCUCUGUUGGUUGUUUUCGUACACCUUUUAUCAUCCUUUUUUCUACAAUGGACCCAUUAUCACAUACAAAGACUACAUUGAGCAGAUCGGACGGAUCCUACUGUGGUGGUGCAUUGCAGAGUACAUGAUCCAUGUAAUGUACAUGCACUCCAUCCAGUCUAAUGAGACCUACUUACAAAUUCUUCCUCCUUGGGCCUUGGGUGGUCUGGCCCUGGCCCUCGUCCAAUUCUUCUAUGUGAAGUAUCUGGUACUGUUUGGUCUUCCAUCCAUGCUGGCUACUUUGGAUAAACUGGCCCCCAAGCUUCCUUCCUGUGUCAGCAUCAUGUACAGUUUCACAGGAAUGUGGAGGCACUUUGAUGAGGGUCUGUAUCGAUGGCUCAUCAGGUAUGUCUACGUGCCGUUGGGAGGCUCACGACACGGCCCUCUUUACAAAAUAUUAUCCACUGGCCUUGCGUUUGGAUUCGUCUGCCACUGGCACGGUGGCCAUGACUACUUACAGUACUGGGCCCUAAUGAACUGGGCUGGAGUUCUGGUGGAAAACGGGCUGAAGUCUCUCUUUGCGUCAUCCUUUAUUCACUCCAUUGUUGAGCAGAAUUUCUCUGCGGCGAUGAAAAGGCGAAUCAUUGCCCUUCUCUCUGCCUUCUCCACUGCCAUGCUCAUCCUCUCUAAUCUGGUGUUCCUUGGGGGGAUACAUGUUGGCAGAAUCUUCUGGAAGCGUGUCUUCAUUCAAGGCUGGUCUACCGUGGCCCCACCUAUGCUGGCUUUCCUCUACUGCUUUGCUCAGAUUGGACUCGACUGGACUUCCCGCCCGCCAUGAGUCACCUUGACUUUGUAUCGGAGUGAGAAUCUGUGCAACCGGACAACCAGAACGACCCGCUGAGUCCAGUGCCUCGUCCUCACCACCCAGCAUCUCUGUGGCGAAUCUGGCUCACAGCCACAGAACCUAUCCAAACCAGGCUGAAGUGCAGCUGAGCAGUCACUUUCAAACAACCUGCAGGACCAGGCAAAAUCCGUCUGUAAGCUAAGACUUAAAGGAUCAGUGUUCAUCCUUUGUAGUUUCCUGUACUUCAUGGAAAUAAGUGCACAUAAACAUCAAUAGAAUGAGUGCGAUGCUGUAAAUUGAGGACAGUCGUUAAUAUAAGUCAUGUCUUGCCUUGGCUGUGCUGAGGCAUGAAUGAUUCUAAGAAACCGUAAAGGAUAAUUUGGACCUUGAAUCUGUCUUGGCUAUAUGACUCUGAUAAGGUAUUGCUGGGUGGUGCGAUAAACUGGGGAAAUGCUAAUUUCGCAUUUACCGUCCUCCUUCAGCUCGCCACAAAAACAGUUGUGCAUUCAGAGGCUGUCGAUAGACACAGAAGCCUGAAAAGAGCAGUAACCUGAUCACACUAAUAUUAGUAAAUGCAUUGCUUUAAAGCAGCUACACAUGCAGACAAAAGCAAACUUUGGAGAUUAAAGAUUAAGAUUAAAGAUAAAAAUAAAAAAAAACACAUGCUGUAUGUUAUGUAUCACCUUGUUCCUUCAAAAUGUCGACUAUACAAUGCCUCAGCCCGAGGACACUAGCCCAACCCAGUUGUCAUGUUUGGAUUAAAGUUUCAUGAUUAUAACCAUGCUGUACUUAAUGCGGUGAGUCAUUUAUAGUUUCCGUAUUCCAGCUGUAUUUAUGUCCUGAUAACAUCGUAUAUAAAUCUUUAUUUACAGUCUCAUCUUAAAAAAUGGGUGAAAAAUACAUUAUUUAUAUAUUUUUUUAAUAAAAGGAUAUGUCAUUUCCUAAAACAGCUGGUCAACGUAGUUUCUAGUGCCUGUUGUUGACAGUGAGAUAUCAUGGAAUAUCAGCUGACUUUCCUCUAAAACAGGUCGGAGAUGUUCGUUACAUUAUCAUUUUUGGAUUUGUUGACUGUUCACUGGGUUUAGUUCUUGGUGAUGAGUUCUUAAAAGUGUACAAGAUCACAAUAAAUAAUUCACUCUAACCCAGUAAGGGAUGACUAGUCUGUCAGCAGGUUUAAAAUGUGUUCUGGGAAUUAAUAGGAAGCUGCUUUAAAAAGCUUAUCUGUGCUUUUUUGUGUCUUUUGAGCUUAGAAAGUGUGAUGUUGCAAACCCAAUUUGAUCCUCUUACUAUUCACACAAAGCAAACAGCUUCAGGGUACAGCGUCCACAGAGAUUAGUUGAAGAAAGUGAAUUCUAAGUCAGAGGUGCCAUCACUGAAAUUCUUCAUUGACAUAAAACUCUAAAGUUGCCUCUGGCCCGCUGUUUGUUUAUUGUCCUGAAGCAACAAUUGAUUGUUCUCAAGGUUUAUAUGUUCUCAGUCAGUAAUCCAUCUUACCUGCAUAGGGACUGUAAUUUCUAUCUUGAUCAGUGGAGAACAAACAAUCUUAUAAUACAAGGUAUUUUGUCAGUAAAUAAUAAAAGUACAGUGUAAUCUGGAGUCUGUUGUUCUGGUUCCAUUAGCUGAUUUCUAUUCUUUGGAUUAUCACAUCUGUGGCACUAAGUAGGAUCAAUGUGAGCAGGGUGUCAGAGAGGAAUCCUCUUAGAUUAGCACAAAACUGUGAGGUUUAUCUGACGUAAGAUGAUCAGCAGGAGAACACACCUGCUGACUAACACUUUCGUAGAGAUGUGCCCUUAUCACUGGUGGCAGAGGAGCUACAACACAAAGACAGACAAUCCUCACAAGUCAGAGAGGAUGCUAUACAGUGCCUGAAGAAAACAGGCCAGGUACAAUAUAUAUAUAAAAUAUUUAUUAUGAAUGUAUGUCACAGUUCAUAACAAGGAGCUCCCAUUGUGCUUGAAAUAGUUACAUUUCUCAUCACAUGACAUGUGAACAUACAGGCAUGUGCAUAUUACAUAAACCAAACACCAGAGCCAAACUUUUCUCUUUCUUAAGAAUCUAAACAUUGCAAUAUAAUCUGUGCAUACAUACAUAUAUAUAUAUAUAUAUAUAUAUAUAUAUAUAUAUAUAUAUAUAUUUGUGUGUGUGUGUGUGUGUAGGGUUUUAGCUAGGCAGCUUUCCAGAGCUGACCACAAAAAUAGGUCUGUGUUCAAACUGUUUCAAAGAAGUGACAGUAAUUUGGAUGUUUAACACUGCUCUUCUACAUGUGUGGGGCAACAUUAUGAAGGCACAGUGUUGCAUGCUUCUCAGUAGCAAUCAGAGAUAAAGACUGUAAUAAUAUUAAUUAAGUGGUAGUGCAGUAGUGUAAAAGUCUCUUUCACUUUUUCAUAUUUUCUUCACCUUUGUUUAUAAAUGUUACAGCGCAGAACUAAAUAUUGCUCUUAAGGUUCUGGUUUAUGAAUGAGUGCACCUACAUCCCAUUUUAGUACUGUAUAUUUCUGAUGUUGGUAAAAGAUUUAUCCUCCUGAGAUGGAUGUACAUGAAAGUACUCUCCACCUGCUCUAUCUUUGUUAUUGGACACAAAAUUGGAUUUUUAGCUGGAGCAGAUUUGAUCUUUUCAUUGAUUUUUUAUUAUGAAAAUAAGCUGAUCUGGUACUAUUCCUAUUAGAUACUGUAAAAAGUAAAGAAAUUAAAGGUAAAAAAGUGAAUUUACGGUUUAAAUAUAACCAAUCACAGAGUCAAGUAAUAGAGUACCCACCAACACAAAAGACCAAAGUUACAAGUCAUUCAAAAUGAAAGUUUAAAAUAUACUUAACAAAUAUUACCAGUUCUGUCAUUCAUUUGUGUCACUGGUGAAGUGAAACAGCAGCAGAAAAUGAAAAUAUUCCACCGUAAGUAACAUUUUUCACAAUGUAACAAUAACCUCUUAAAAGAAAAUAAAUAUUUUCUGUAUUGGAUUUGUAUGGUUGAGUCACAUAGAUGAUAAUAAAAAUGACAGACAGCUCCUGA